AUUAUGAAAGGUUCGCCCAAAAUAGUAAACUAAAACUCACUGCCAUAAAGUAAUUUUCUCUCAGAGUACAUUGUGCAUUGUGGAGUAUUAAUUAUGUCCUAUUUGUCGAACUUUACCGCCGAAACUGGCAAAACGAUCCUUAUCGAUGUACUCAAAACAGCCAACCUACCGGACAAUGCGAAAAAACUCUCAGAGGCCAAAGCGAACUCAGGCAAAGAAAUGAUCAAGAUGAUGCAGUAUGUGUUUCCACUAGUGAUGCAGCUUCAGAUUACCGUGAUCAAGGAAUACGGUUUCCCGGCCAAUCGGGAAGGACUAGUGCAGUUCGAGCAGAUAAUCCGUGAGUUUGAGCGCGAGGAUGUGGACAUCGCUCGGCUUCGGUCACAGAUCAGGUCAAUCUAUCUCCCGCCGAUCAACAUUAAUAGUACAAACGACGUGCUGAUUUAAUUCGACUGUAUUUUAAUAAUACGUAAACUAUUUUGCCAAGGACUUUGACUCAUUAUAUUUAUUCCGAUAAAAGCGAAACGUACUGCUAUUUUUCCGUACGCUUUGUAAUAAUAGUGUCUCAGAGCGUUUUUGUACUAAAGUAGAGUUGAGUAAGACUGACUGAUAGAGACGAUUUACAGAGUUGUGAGUGUUCAAAAGACGUUUUAGAAUAAGUUAUAAAUACUAUAGAGUUGCAAUAAACUGCCAGCGUUAACAACAAUAAGAAAUUAGAAUGUUUUAUGUAUAUGUAAUAGAAUUUCGUUUUUUCCAUCGUUUCUCAGAUUGUUUGCUCGGUCAGUAUUAUCUGUUCAAAAAACGUGUCAAUUUCUUCUGUAUUUUUUUUCAUCAAUACAAAUUUUCAUAUAUUCUAUGCGUACUGAUCGGCUACGAACAGCAUUUCACUGAUUUUUGGCCCGUCUCAACCAACGUGUACAACGGACCUUCUGUAGGAUCACGGCGUAGUACCCGCUUCGGAAAGUUAGCUCCGUUGAUAUCUCUUUCCAAUCGAUCCUGGCGGGUUUGGUUGAGCCAAACUUCAUCGUCACUAACAACGGUUUCCAUGCUUCGUAUCAAUUCCUCUUCAAAAACUGGAUAAGUGCGUGAUUUGAUUGAGUGUGAUAGGCCUUGAUAUGUAUCCUUCUGGAGAGGAAAUCAGCAUCCGCCUAUUGAAAUGGCACGCAAAUGGACGCCCUUCUUGUAUGUUCAAAUAAUCCUGGAAAGCCAACUUUUCCCACUGAUGGCGAAUUAGAAUAUCUCGGCAUACGUUAAUUCCUCCAGACCGGUCAUUCCUUGGAGUUGUAAUACUUCUUUCGUCUGUUCAUUCGGUGGACCAUCGUUGUCCAUGAUUGGAAAGCUUCUCAGCUCGCAGGUAAGCCUCCGUGUUCCACUGUGUCUCGCCUGAUUGAGUGCAGCUGGUGAAAGAGAACGAUUUUGAAUUCGUAGUGAUUAAUUAUGUCAGCAUAAUAACGAUGGUACAUAGAAUAAAGAAUAAAAAAUUAUGCAAAAGUAGGCUGGAAUCCGUAUUCUGAUUUUUUUAUUUUCAAUCAAAGCAAACAUUUUGUUUAUGCGAUGCCUUUUCUCACUGAUGAUUAUAACUACAUGAGAGAAGCAGUUAUAAUCACCGGAAGCAAUCAAAAUGAAGCAAGGACCAAUUGCAUCGAGGAUUCCCACAGGAUUGAGGAUAGCUAAAAGCUCUUAUGCCUAUCAGGAGACUGAAGAUGGAGCAAAAAUAGGUCUUCAAUUGGAAAAUAGACAUCGGGAAUGGUUCUCGAACUAUUGCGACUCGAACGAAGAAAGGAUUGAGGAUGAAUCACCACCACAGCUAAUUCCCGACGAGACCCAGGUAUGGUUUUGGAACUACAGUGAUAUGAACGAAGAAUGGAUAGAGGACGAAACACUGCCAAUGUUAGUUCCCAGUGACACACAUCUUGAUGAUGACGACGAAGAUGUAUGUGAUUGGGAACCAAACAACAUGUCCGAAAUUGAAGAUGCCAUUUUUAGGAAGAUAAAGGCCGAGAGAGAGCUCUGGAAAUUGAAGGCUGAGAACGAUAAGCUUCGACAGGAGAAUCGGCGGCUAAAGGCAACGAGAGGAGUGAGCAUCAUUAAUCGUUGGUGCUUUAGCUUCCUCCUUUUGGUUGUUAUGGUUGUUAUGUUACUGCGUUGUGUUGAGUUGUUUUGAUGUGCGUUUUAGCUAUAUUUGAUUCUCUUCUUGUUGCGAAUUGUUCUAUUGUUAUUGCGUUAUUUGCUUUUGUUUUGUUUUUGUUACCAUUUCGUUUUGCAGGAUUUACUUUGGCGUUUGUUAUGAGUUUAGUUGAUUUUUUGAUUGCCUUCGUCUUGUUGUUGAUUGCUUUGGUUUUGUGUUCGUGAUUUGUUUAUUUCCAGUAUAAUAGUAGAAAUAGAUGAUGGGGUUUUGUUGGAUUUUUCGUUGAUAUUUUUUGUUGUGGAGUUUGAUCUUAUAUUUAUAUGUCAAGCAUUUUAUGUCAUGCUUUCAAUUGCAUAUUAGGUUGUUACUAUUUAUUUGAUACAUUGAUUAUAUAUUAUUUAUUUGCUGUGAUUUUUCGGUGAAGAUUUUAAUCAUGUUUUCUUUUCUUGCAUGGACUGCUCUGAGCUGUUGGUCAAGAAAGUUCAAGACUUCAAUUCAAAUAACCACAUAGGAUAUGUGAUACUGUGGACGAGUAUCCCGGCGAAUCCUGAGAAGCGUAUCCUGAGCGUAGGAGCAAAUGACACAAAUGAUAUGUGAUAUGGAAGACCACACCGAUGGAUGGACUUGGACAGAGAUGAACUUCGAUUUAACUUUUAUGUUUAUAUCUUUCAAUUUUAGUUGUUGAAUGGAAAAAAUUUGGACGAAUUCAAAUAUAGU